ACCAGACCUUGUCUCGUGUCUCUCCGUUCGGUGUUGAAACGCACGUUGAUUCCGCUGGGAGUACCCCUUAAGUGUCUUUUUUAACCCCGAACUUCCUCCUCUUCCUCCCUAGCCAAUCAUGGCGAUCAUCAAUUUUAGGGUUUUGUUCCUCGCUCUCCUCCUCCUGGCAUCUCCUCUUCUUCAAGUUGCUAGGUGCCAAUCGGACUCUGGGGAUGCAGACACUGAAGUUGUUGGAGAGGCUGGUGAUGACAACAAUGAAGUUGGGAUUGUCGGGGAAGAUGCACAGGAUUAUGCUACUACCGACUUGGGUCCGGCCCAUGGAGUUGAUACAGUCUGUGUUUUCCCCAAAAACAGCGCAAGAUUGGUUCCAGCUGGAGAAGAGACUGAAUUACUUGUUGGGAUGAAAAAUGAUGGAGAGUCAAGCAUAUCAAUCAUUGCAAUUAAAGGCAGUGUUCAUCUUCCCUUUGAUCAUAGUCUGCUGGUUCAGAAUCUCUCUACACAGGGUUUCAACAAUGCAUCUGUGCCAGCUUCUGCUCAGGCUACUUUUCCAUACAUAUUUGGUGUCAGCAAGUACUUACAGCCUGGAACUUUUGAUCUUGUGGGCACUAUUGUUUAUGAGAUUGAUGAGCAUCCAUAUCAAAGUGUCUUCUAUAAUGGUACCAUUGAAGUUGUUGAAUCUGGUGGUUUCCUCAGUGUUGAAUCUGUUUUUCUUGUUACUCUUGGUGUUGCACUUCUUGUUCUACUUGGUCUGUGGAUCCAUGGUCAAUUACAACGCUUUACCAAGAAAACUAAGAAGGCUCCAAAGGUUGAAGUUGGAACUGCCACUACAGAUGCUUCAAUGGAUGAAUGGCUUGAGGGAACUGCUUAUACUCGGUCAUUAUCCAGCAAAUCAAAGAAGAAGAAGUAGAUUAGCUGUUUCCUGGCAGUUUAGUUGCACAACACUAGUGAAAUGCAGAUAUUUGCGCUAGGCAUAUGAAGAGUAUUAGAUUGGCGGAUAAGUUAAGAGCAGUAUAUGAAAAUUGAGCCAGAUAGACUUGCCUUCUGUUGUAGCAUGUGGAGAAUUUUUUUUUUCUUUCUUUUUUAACAUUUCCUUUCUCAAGGAUGCUGAAAGUUGAGUUUUUUCGUUUCUUGGGAACUAACUUAUAUAUUUGAUGCCAGAAAAGAUACAGUUUUCAACAACACAGAUUUAGUUGAUCACAUCAUAUAUCAUGCUCCAAUUUCUAUCAAUUUUCUAUUAUAUCUUCCUUGAGCCUUUGGAUUGUGGAUGAAUGUAGAGUUAAGCUAUUAACAUUUAUGGUAAUUUAGUAAUCUUGUGCGAGGAA